UGCCCUUGACGAUAAUCCUUAAGCCAGGGAGGGAGGGAGGGAGGGAGAUCAGAACAGACUGGAUCCGGCUGGUGCUGCUGUGCCUGGCGAUGGAUGUGUGCGGGCUCAUUUCUUCGCCAUGUCUGGACGCCGGACAUGAUCGUUCUCGAGCAUUGACGGGCGUGAAUUGACGCGGUGCAGUUCCUUUGCUCACCACCUCAACGACAUGGUGCAUGAUCUGGGCGAGUCAUGUCAUGUCUCGACGACCUCCGGGAGGGCGGGAGGGAGGGAGGGAGGUGAGGGGGGAGGCAAGAGCGUUGCGGCUGAAACACCGCACCUCUGUACUACCCACUCGAAAAGUCGGAGCUCAGUCAUUCACCGGAGGACCUCGCAUACGCCCAGAUGUCAGCUGCGUGCAGCCUUCUUCGGCCCGACGCAAUCUAUCGAUGGGAGAUUGAUGGCCUCACCACUUGGCAUUAUGUCCGAGUGUGUGUGGCCGUAGGCUCAGAGCCAGUAGAAUAUGUAGGCUGUCUUUUUUCGCACAUGUACUUUCCGACUCUACAGUUCUGCUCUACGCAAAGGAGCAAGUCUGAGGAUAAUGUCAGCGUUGCGUUGCGUAGUGGACAUGGGCAUGAUAUGAGGCGAACUACUACUACCACUGUGUGCGAAAAGGGGGGCGUGGGCAUUGAUUUGGUAGAAAGUCGAAAAUAAUUUCAUGUACGCUUUCCCCAUCUGGAUGUUUGCAACACGAGGAAUGAACUUGAACUGAAUAGGCUGUAGGAUCGUACGCAGGCACAUGCUUACGUAUAUGACCCCAGCCACAUGUGAUAAUGAGCCGGGAUCGAAUCAAUGUACUAGUCAAUCAGGGUUUCUCCUCUUCUGAUCACACUUGCAACUG